AGCAAAGCAACCAGUGGAAAAAAGCCCUCGGCUUCCAACCUCGUCAUCGUCACCUAGUGGCGAGUUUGUUCUUUGAUAAGAAAAUCAUAAUAUCCCAACCAUCAAGAGGACCAAGUGCCUAUAUCCCCGAGAAAGAGUUUGGACAAACCAACGAUGUGGUCACACUGGUCAACCGGCUGGUGGAAGAAUACAGCACGUCGGGCCGCCUGGACAACAUCACCCGGGUCAUGAGCCUCCACCCGCAGUACCUGGAGUCCUUCCUCCGCACCCAGUUCUAUAUGCUGCGCAUGGACGGCCCGCUGCCUUACCAUUACCGCCACUACAUCGCCAUCAUGGCGGCGGCGCGGCACCAGUGCGUGUACCUGAUAAACAUGCACGUGGACGAGUUCCUGAACACAGGGGGAUCCUCGGAGUGGCUGAAUGGGCUGGAAUAUGUGCCGCAAAGGCUAAAAAACCUCAACGAAAUCAACAAGCUCCUGGCACACCGACCGUGGUUAAUAACAAAAGAUCACAUACAGAAAUUGGUAAAGACAGGAGAGAACAACUGGUCGCUGGCAGAGCUGGUGCACGCCGUGGUCCUGCUGGCUCAUUACCACGCGUUGGCAAGUUUCGUGUUUGGCAGCGGCAUCAAUCCAGAGAGAGACCCCGAACCUUCCAAUAGGCUCCACCUAGUGGCGAAAAACAAGUUUUGCGUUUGUGAUCUUGCCAAUGACAACAAUAUCGAGAACACAGGCUUGAUGAGCAACAGUACCAAUGUCAGCGAGAGUUCAGAUUAUGAAAGUGAGAUAGAAGUUUUGAUGGAAAGAAUGAAGAAACUGCAGGAAGAAAGAGAGGAGGAGGAAGCGUCCCAGGAGGAGAUGGCCACCCGUUUUGAGAAGGAAAAGAAGGAAAGUCUUCUAGUUGUCUCCGGAGCUUUUGAUGACGACGUGGUCUCCAUGUCAAAUGCCUCACGGUAUAUAGAAGAUCCUGGAUUUGGAUAUAAAGAUUUUGCAAGGCGAGGAGAAGAACAUCUGCCCACAUUCCGAGCGCAUGACUACUCUUGGGAGGAUCACGGUUUCUCGCUGGUGAACAGACUGUACUCGGACAUCGGCCAUCUACUAGAUGACAAGUUUCGAAUGGUCUAUAAUCUCACGUACAACACCAUGGCCACUCAUGAGGACGUAGACACCACCAUGUUGAGGAGAGCUUUGUUUAAUUAUGUUCACUGUAUGUUUGGAAUCAGGUACGAUGACUAUGAUUAUGGGGAAGUUAAUCAGUUACUUGAGAGAAGCCUUAAGGUUUACAUUAAAACUGUGACCUGUUACCCUGAACGAGCCACCAGACGUAUGUAUGAUGGGUACUGGCGCCAGUUCAAGCACUCUGAAAAGGUCCACGUCAACCUGCUCCUCAUGGAGGCCCGUAUGCAGGCAGAACUUCUCUACGCCCUACGUGCUAUAACCCGCCACCUGACCUGAGGACUUGCAUGUGAUCAUUGACGUGCAACGCAACUUCACCUUUCAGUUCAGUAACAGCGCCGCCUGUCAUGUAGCAUCAAGCAUAUAUGCAUUUCUAGUGUCCACGCUGGACAAAAUGUGGCAGUAAUGUGCAAUGAAUGACCUGUUUUUUGUUUUUUUUCUACAAUGCUCUAUCUAAUGUUAGCAAAAUGGCACUACUAUGAUGUUUUUGUUUUGUUUUUUUUACUUUUCAGCAGUAACUAAUCGACACUGCUUUAUCGGAACGUUUUCUUUAGACACAGGAUUCAGAUUUUUGGGAUUUUUUUUUUCCUUCGUACAGACAUACAUUUGUAUAUGUUUAACCAAUACUGGUUUGCCUUGUUCCAGUUAUGUGUAGUGCUUUGUUUUAUAUAAGAGACGAGAGAAAAAAAAAAACGGAAAAAAAACUAGAAAACAAUGGGGAAAAAACAGGAAAAUAAGCUGUACUGUCUAAUUCAUAGAAUAUAUAAGCUUUCUAACUAGUAGGUUGCCAAUAACUUGGUUAUAAAGCUGAAUCUGUGCCAUAAAGUUGAGUUCUGUACAUACCGGUAUUACCUAAUAGCCCCGCAGCUUCCGCAUCCAAGGGAUCUCAGAUCGGACUUGGUAGUUAGAAUUUACUGACUCUGCCAAAAAAAGACUUUUUUACUGAAUGUGGAUCGUAGCUGCCGGCUAAAAAAAAAAAUGUGAAAAAUAUCCUUAUCCCUUAUGGAAUAUCCUGCAGCAUCCUACUGAAGUGCAAAGCUCUGCUUUAUAUUUCAUUUCUGAAUAUUGUAGAGAGUUCUUCUUCACACUUUCUAUAGCCAAGAGACUCUCUUAGCCUUUUAUGGUGUUUUUUUUUUUUUUUUUGUGACAGUAGUAUAAACAGAAUACAUGCAUAAGCUAAUUGAAGGUGUGCGAGUCAGUGGUGGGCAAUGGGUGGGUGGCCUUGACCGUCAAGCAGUCCCUCUGACCAUGAUCAUUUUUGGCCAUGCCAACCAAUGUAGUCACUUUAUGUAGAGGAUCUCUCCAUUCCGUUAGAGCUGUAGAUUAAUGAUGGGAUCUGUGACCUUGAUAUCGGUGCUGCCCAAAGAGUGUGGUGGCUACCACACAUGACUGAUGGCCUAAGGUUUGACGGAUAAGUAACUUAAUAAGACAUUAGUGGUCUUUGGUCUGACCCAUGUAUGACCAGUGGUCUCUUUUUUUUGAUUCUCACUCUAAGCCACAUGUGACUAUGAUUUCCAACACAGGCAUGACCACCAGUGGUCUCUUUAGCAGCCCAAGCAUAACCACCAGUUGUCUCUUUAGCACCCCAAGCAUGACUACCAAUGGUCUCUUUACCAACCCUGGCUUGACAGCAGAUGGUCUCUUUAGCAGCCCAAGCAUGACCCACAAUGGUCUCUUUAGGAACACAGGCUUGAUAACCAGUGGUCUCUUUACCAACCCUGGCUUGACAGCAGAUGGUCUCUUUAGCAGCCCAAGCAUGACCAACAAUGGUCUCUUUAGGAACACAGGCUUGAUGACCAGUGGUCUCUUUACCAACUCUGGCUUGAUGGCCAGUGGUCUCUUUAGCAGCCUAAGCAUGACUACCAGUGGUCUCUUUAGCAACACAGGCUUGACUACUGAUGGUCUCUUUACCAACUCUGCCUUGAUGACCAUUGGUCUCUUUAGCAACCCAGGCUCCAAUGGCCACUUUUGUUAUCCAGACAAGACCAGUGGCUGAUACACAACUAUGUUGGCCAAUAUAUGACUGACAUGACCAUUGCAUGAUUGUCGCCCCUUAGCUUCACCCAGGCACGACUCUUAGAAAUCUCUUUACUAACCCUUACAUGUCCAGAGGUCUCUUGCCUGACAAAAACGCAACUAAUUCUUGUUCUUUACGAAGGCAUGACUAACAGUCUCUUGUCUGACCCAUACCUGACCAACCCAAACAGGACCCUCAGUGGUCUCAUAUCUAGACAAACUAGGCCUGGCCAGUGGUCUCCUACUUAUCCUAUCCAAAACCUAUUCUUGUUCCUGACUAAUAGCUGACUAGCAAUGGUCUAUUUUCUACCUACCCAGCCAUGAUGAGUGGUCUCUUGCCUGACCCAUGCACAACUGAUGCCCAUUCCUGACCAGACGGUCUUUCUUCUAACCAAGACCUGGUUUCUUUGCUGACACAAGCAUGACCAGUGGUCUUUGUCUCUUUACUGACUCGUGCUCAUCUUUCCCAAAACAUCAAUACCAGUCUCUUGUCUAAUUUAGACCUGACUGUCAAGGGUCUCUGUUCUAGCCCAGCGUUCUCUAGAAUUGGCAUUGCCCACCACUGACCACUCUUCCAGAUUUUACCAGAGCUACUUUGCUCUUAUGAUACUUUCUGUGCAGCCAGCGAUUAACUACCUAAACUGUGCUUGAAGUGGGUGCCACAUAAUGUGCCAUAGUAGAAGACCCAGAGUGUCAACCUAGAUUUAUAGGAGGGAGUUGUGUAAAGUGACCUAUGAAAAUCAUAUAUAUAAAUAAAAAAAAACUACUGUAGAAUUGUAGAUGUAUAAAAAAAAAAGGCCAUGUAAUGUAUAUGAUGUAAUCCUGAUAUAGGAAAUAAUAGGGGAAGGCAUAUUCCAGCGCACAUCAGACCUCCUGCCCCGCUGUGCCAGGCACUGUGUUGUAAGGGAAUGCAGGAAACAGCGGUUUGCACUCCGGUGACAUAUAGUCGUGGCACGGCACAUGUAGUAAUAUACUUAAUGAUAUGGCUUUUUAUGGGGUUGGUAAAGUUGGCAUAUUCGGUAUUAAUCUGCAUCUGGAUGCAUUCUGUGCACUUAUUUUAGGCUUUUAUGCCUUAAAGUGACCCUGUCAGAUAAAUACAGUGUCGCAUCUAUGGUGUGUGCCCAACCAAUCAGCAUUCAUAAGAUCCUAUCACAAUCAUAAGGUUGCCGUUGGCUAGCAUCUGUGUGCCAACAUUGCUGUUUUUGCUAUUGAACUUAGGCAGCAUCCUCUUGAAUUGGUCUAGCUCGCAGAAUAUAUUCUUGCACUGUGACGUGUUACCUCUAAACGAGUGUUCUCCAAUGCUGGGAGUUGUAGUUCUGCAAGUGGGGAGCUACAGAUUUAAAAAUGUUGCUCUAAAUCAAUGUUACCCAAGCUGUUGUCUCUCCAGCUGGGCAGAACUGCAACUCGCGGCUCUCGGGGCACGAUGCGAGUUGUAGUUUUGCACCCCUGGAGAGCCACUGCUCUAAAUGGUACCUCUAAGAUACCUAGAUUUCUAUAUUAAAUAAUUGUGGUAUCUGUGACUCCCUAAUAGAAGUACCGCCAGCUGUCAAGCUAAAACUUAGAGUCCAUUGGUGGUCUGUAGUUUGGGCUACAAGCUAUAGACCAGGCAGGGAUCAGCCACCUCCGGCACUCCAGAUGUUCUGAAACUACAACUCCCAGAAUGCUCGAUUCACUUCUAUGGGAGUUGUGAGGACAGCCGAGCAUGUUUGCAUGCUGGAAGUUGUAGUUUUUAUGGCAGCUGGAGUGCUGAAGGUAAUAGUUUGUGGGUCUAAAGACAGUUGCAGGGACUUUGUUUUCUUAUCAACUGCCAUUCCCGAGCUUCAGAUUGCUUUAGGGGCAGUCCUGCUUGGGAGAGUACAUUAGGGUUUACAGAUAAUGCAACUUGCAAAAUUAGUCUGGAUACCAGCAGGAGGUUCCCUCCCAUGACACUGCUUAGAAAUCACAAUUAUCUAAAAUAAUGUAGGGGUUGAGUGAGAAGUCUCGGGCUAAUAGAGUGGAGUCCCCCAGUUGGGACCUGCCUCAAUUAGCCAGGGUGGAGAGCAUCUACAAGGCUCUCUCGCCAGAGGACCGCACCUUCGAUAUCUGUUGACACCAUGCUAUGCUCCAUCUCUCCUGCGGAGGAGCUGUAGGGGAAUGGAAAGUUUGUUGCUGCGUUCCAACUACAUGGGACAACCCUUUAAAGCAUCGGUGUUCAUAAGAGCAAAGUGGUGGCACAGCAGGUACGACCCACAAUCAAACCAUUGCUGAUGCUUGGUUUGGGGAGGGUAUGAAACAUAUCCAGCAGGCUGAAUAAUAGCAAGGACCACCCGAGCUCUCCUUGCUCUCAUUAUACCAGCAGUGCCCCAUAUUCUUGCCAACAAGCAAUAAAAAUAUGAGAGAACUGCCGUGUCGGCACUUAUUCCUGUGAACCACCUCCCAAGCAAUGGUGCCAAUCGCACUUUUUUUUUUAAAUAGUCUAAGUAUUAAAGCACCCUCGCAGAGAUUUUUAAUUUUUUUUUUACAUUUGACUAUGUAGCUGCCUCAUACGAUAAAAGGGUUUUGGGUAAGGAAAAGCUGACCAAAAAAAAAAAAACGAAAAAAAAGUUUUGCACAUAUUUACAGUGCCCCAUCCUCUUCCUGUACAAGAGCGGCGGGCGCCUGUUGUACUUGAUUGAUAGAUUUGUAUGUUUUUUUGUUGUUUUUUUCUUUUCUUUUCGACGUAUGAGAUGUUUACUCCGGAUCAUUUUACCUUCAUUCAUCCAUGUACUAAUGACGGCUCCAAGCUGUGAUAUUUCGUAUGCAAUGUUUAGUGAACAAAGGUAAAGUGCAAUAUACAGAAGGCGACCACCUCGCCCCUCGUGUGAAGCUGAAGUGUCCUUGGUAGUCUCUUCAUCAUCGGUGGCGAUGUAGCCAGUGAUUUCUAUAUUUUGGUAAAAAAUAAAAUUAAAUAAAAAAAAGAGGCUUAAAAAAUGCGUAGAUCGUUAGCCUUGCCAAAUUAUAUCUGCAGUAGCAACGAACCGGAUGGUGGAGGUUGGGAUUAAGUACAGCAAGCGGAUAUAGAUGGAGGAGGACAGGGUCGAUCAUCGUGGCUCCCAGCAGCAGGACACUCCCAUAUCCCGGUUGUCCUGAAGAGCCAGCAGCCAUGCUUGUUGCCAGAAUUAAGGGUUCCAGUAGGACCAUCCUUCUACCCAUCAGGCUAGCAUGUGCUAUUAGAGAAGUCCCUAGGAUGACUUCUUCAACGUUUCGGUAGGUUCUUUGACAACCACACUUGAAUGGGCUUGUGUAGUUUGGUCCGUUACCCACAGAAUUUGGGAAGUGGUCACUGCUGCUAGAAUUGUCCUUAAAGGGUUUGUCCAGGAUUAGAAGGAAUUGGCUGCUUUAUUGCAAAAACGGCACCACACCUGUCCACAGGUUGCGUGUGGUAUUGCUGUUCAGCCUCAUUCCCUUCAGUGGAGCUGAGCUGCAAUACCAGACAACACCUUUGGACAGGUGUGGUGCAGUUUCUGAAAGAAUGCGGCCAUUUUUUAAUCCUGGACAAUCCCUUUAAAGGGGUUGUGUCAAGUCUUUAAGUUAUUCCCUAAACACAGGAGACGGGAUAACUAGCUGAUCACUAGGGGGUCCGACCACUGGGAGCAGGACACAUCAAAGGAUUUUUUAGGAGGUUAACCAAGGACGUCAGAAUUUAGAGGGGUUCUCAGUUUAUAGUUGAGCGCUACUCAGCAUGUGUGGCCUUUCGUAACGUGUAGGGUUUCAUAACAGAUAUGAAACCUUACGGCACAGCAAUCAAAGUGCCGCAAAAACUGUUAGCGUGUGAACGAGGGCUGAGAGAGUCACCGUGGUUCCAGUAUGUUUCAUUGUUGUACAAUCUCAUGGUGUGUCCGGAGGGGACAGGUACAGGUAGGGCUUGUUUGCCACAAGUGGCCAUGAUAAAUAUUAGAUGCAUUAUAUUUUCUAGACCUGCAGUAAUUUAAAGGGGAUUUUUGAGACUAGAAAAACAAAGGUCAUCUUUUUAUCCGGAAACAGCGCCACUCUGUGAGCCGCGUCUAAUUUUGCAAUACCAGAUGCGGUCCAAGGGUGACGCCGAAGUU